AUGCCCCGUGGUCGCCCCCCCAAGAGGCCUGCACUUGAACGGGAGCAGAGAUUACCGCUGAAGGAGCACACGGCUGCAAACACACUAUGUUGCUGGAAUUCCCCCCGAAAAUUCAUCAAACGACAACAUAUUUGGAUAGAUGACCGCGUUGAGCAUCCCAGCGACUGUCAAUUUGAGGACGAAACACUUACAGACGACAUUGUUGAUAUUUGUUCCACGGAGAAGCGCAAAGAGACCGCGGCAGACAGACCUUUGCUCGCCUGGAUUGGACAACGUCAAAUCUUCCUGGACGAAAUGCUGCGCCUCAAUGGACGCGGGACUGAAGGUGUCACUUGCUCAUGUGGUGCAGUAUCGCCUCAAUUCCGAUGCUGUGACUGCCAUGGCAUUCAAAUAUUCUGCCGUGAAUGUACACUUCAAAACCACGUUCUUCAUCCUUUGCAUAGGAUUGAGAUAUGGAAUGGGACUUUUUUUCAGCGUAUCACACUCAAACAGCUCGGGGUUCGGGUACAACUAGGCCAUAACCCAGGAGAAAGGUGCUACAAACCUUCUCCCGCUGCCGGUGAUGAUUUUGUGGUCAUCGCGCUCGAUGGUAUUCAUGAAAUCGCCCUGGACUUUGUGGCUGCGCUUCGGCUCAGAUUCGUCGCUCGCAAGGUGCACCGACAAUUCAGGGUUAGUAGCGAAUCAGGGAUCGUUAUUCCGCUUUCAUGCGGAUGGUACGCCAAUGGCUGUAACCUCAAGCAACUUUCCCGCGGAGGAAGGGGACACGACCCCGCUGGUGUCAAUGCUACUGCCGAAGGAGAGUUAGCUGUUCUCUGCCCCGCGUGCCCACAGCCCGGGAAGAAUCUUCCACUAGACUGGGAGAAGGAACCUCUAUUUACCAGAUGGAAAUAUGCGCUGUUUGUUGCAAUCGAUGCGAACUUUAGAUUGAAGCGCAAGGCGGUGUCUUCUGACACUGCUGACCCUAGCCUUAAUGCUGGAUGGGCGUAUUUUGUGCACGAAGACUCAUACAAAUCUUACCUUGCAGAUCGUGCUUCCGACAAGCAAGAGACUUUUUCUGUAGCGAAGCACGUGUUCCUCCCGUGGCUUGCUGCAACAGGAGUUGGGACGAUCGACUGCGCAAGGCACGAUAUGAAGCUCCCAAACGGAGUUGGAGACCUGCAGAAGGGUGAACAGUACAUUAAUAUGGACUAUAUCAUGUGUUCUGCGCUCUUCAUCCUCGCGAUGUCCAUGAUCAACAUAAUCCUACGACAUCGCCUGCCAGUGGCACAAGAGACUCUGGACUCGAAUGGAAACGAAUGCCGGAACGACUUUCUCCCCCCCGCGAAUCUUCCCUCAUACAUUUUUUUUGUGCCGAAGUUCCACAUCCAGGCCCACAUCGAUGAGUGUCGCACCAAUUUCUCUUUCAACUGGUCGAGGUACGUGGGCCGAACAGACGGCGAAGCCCCUGAACGGGGCUGGUCCAAUAUAAACCGAGUGGCAUCAAGUACCAAGGAAAUGGGACCGGGAGCACGCCGGGACACUCUUGACGAUCACUUCGGUGAUUGGAACUGGAAAAAAAUUACAGCAUUAGGGCGGACAUUGCAUAAGAAGAUGAUUGAAGCUGUAAAGUGGACGAAGGAGCACUCCGAAGCCCUCUGGAACUGGAGAAGACUAUUCAGCCGGCUCUUAUCGCGCAGUGGAAGGCAGAGGUGGAAUCCUGGGAGGAGGAUAACUCCUCUCCGAACCCCUUUGAAAGCCGGUUUAACCGCAUCCGUACGACUACAACUCACUGAGCUUGAAGCUCAAGACCUUCAAGCUGGAAUCAAUGUCUCACUUCACACCGAUGUCUCUCCAAGCGGAUUGAUUACAUCGGGCAUGGAUCUCGAGGAUCAACAGGCACGCUUAAGAUCCAGUCUUGCCAAUGUGUCCCUCCACGACACCGACAAUCAGAAGGCCAUAACACAAACUCAAAUCGCCUCCCUCCAACGACGGCUUGAUGCCUGGGCCCGCAUCCAGGAGCUAUACAUGCCGGUUGUCUGUCAACUCCGGCAUCGAUCAUCAGAGGCUAGUGGGAGGCCACAGGAACUCAAACCUGAAGACUUCAACCUGUGGCUCCCUUCGCAACUUCCAGCUGGCACCCCCGUAGACCUGACGCUCGCUGGCCACGAGUGGGAGCUACGCUACGCGCAGGCCCUCGAUGCCCUGAACGAAGUUCGUUCCCACCUCCGGCUUCGAUCCCACAUGUACAAGUACAAGGAUAAAAAUGUCCGUGGUCAAGCGGGUUCCACUCGCGCCAAGAAAAUCAUUGAUGCCGUGGAAUCGAGGAAGCACGCCAGUGUAUUGAAGUACAGACGUGCGCGCAGUGCCCUGCUGUCUCUUGGCCACCGUCUGGAGAAGUGCGGUUGGGAGCUCACCAUGCGCCCACUUCUUGACUCCGAUGUUAAGCCUAUGGGUGACAUGGAGCAGCAAGGGAGAGGAACCAUCUCCUGGAUUUGGUUAGACUCCCGUGCUGAUAACAGCUGUACAGAAAAUGAACGCAUACAGGAUUGUGUCCGCUUGGAAUGGUGCAAGGCUCGUGCCCGCGACACCGGUGGUCGGAGGAGGUGGAGUUAUUGCUAG